AGAGUUGGAGCAGCAGUGCUAUCAGAUAACAUCUCUAGGAUACUUCACACCAUCUGACUGACUCAGAAUAUGACUCCCUUCACACCAAUCCAGAAGGUAGUGCCAAAUAAAGAAAAUGCCCCAGCAGUAAACACAGUUCCUGCUGUCGAAGAGCUUACAACUGUGGAUGAGAAACCAGCUCUACCUCAAGUUCCAGCUGAGGAACAGAGUCCAGCUCCACCUCAUGUUCCAGCUGUAGAACAGAGUCCAGCUCUACCUCAAGUUCCAGCUGUAGAACAGAGUCCAGCUCCACCUCAUGUUCCAGCUGUAGAACAGAGUUCAGCUCCACCUCAUGUUCCAGCUGUAGAACAGAGUCCAGCUCCACCUCAUGUUCCAGCUGUAGAACGGAGUUCAGCUCCACCUCAUGUUCCAGCUUUAGAACAGAGUCCAGCUCCACCUCAUGUUCCAGCUGUAGAACAGAGUCCAGCUCCACCUCAUGUUUCAGCUGUAGAACAGAGUUCAGCUUCAUCUCAUGUUCCAGAUGUGCAGGAUGUAUCCAUGGCUGCAGCACCUCAGAAGCGCUUAACCAUAUACAUGUUGGAGUCUGCAGAUUUUGAAAUGCAGAUCCAGAUGGCACAUGAUCACCUGUUGCCUCUGGUAGAGAAAAUCCACCCGGCUGAAGCGAAUAAAAUUUCAUGGAUGCUGAUUGGGAGUGAAAACAAUUUUGAAAUCAUGAACAUGAUUUCUGAUCCUGAUCUUCUGCAAGCAAAAGUGGAUGAAAUGAACAUGAUCCUAAAAACAGGAGAAGCAGGAGUCAAGUCGGAAACAAAGGUGCUCUUUGGCACAAAGAAAAAGAGGAAGAACAAGAAGAAAAAAAUAUAUUUAUAAUAAUAAUAAUAAUAAUAAUAAUAAUUAUUAUUAUUAUUAUUAUUAUUAUUAUUAUUAUUUUAAAAAUAUUAUAUUAAUAUU